AUGAAAGUUGGAAUUGAGCUUAUAAGUCACAGCCAGACUUCUCACGGCACACAUGUUAAUUCCACGGUCCUUGCAGAAAAGACGCCACAACCUUUAGAAAAGCCGUCUAAAGAACACAGUAUUUCAAAGGAAAGUAACAUAAAUCGUUGGCUAAAAAUUUUAAGAAGACAGUUUGAUAUUUGGUUUCCUGAGACAAUACCAACAAUGAAGGUAAGAUACGAAUUGCUUAAAAAAAACUUUAUUAAAGAAAUUUUCAACUCCAGAGCAUUCAUCUACCCAUUUUUAGGGUUUUAUGAAGUACUGACAAAUCCCGUUUAUUGGAAACAUAUUUUACUGUUUGCGGUUUGCUAUGCUCUGAUUUUUGUUACCAUUGCUGGUCUCUUUUACGUCACGCUUGUACCACUUUUAGUGACAUGGGCUAUACUGUUACUAGGACCUCUUGGUGUGAUAUUGGUUCAUAUUCAAUGGAUUUUACAAACAAACGUCCUAACUGCUUUCGUUUGUAGGACCUUGGUGCUGACUCAUAUUACGAAUCAGAUAUUUGAUAUAUCUUUAGUGUUGCAAGAUCAAGACGAAUUUCUUAACGAGGUGAAGGUUUUGCCUAAACUACAAAAACCACAUAGAAAAAUCGAUGAACCUGACGCGGUGAGAAAUUUCAACACAAUAAAGGGAAGUUGGAUUCUCAAAAUUCCCAAAUUACUGUUCAGAAUGCUUUUUAAAGUAUCUAAUUUUACCUCAUUAACAUUGCUGUCGCUAAUUCCUAUUGUAGGACCAAUCUUGGCAAAUCAAUUAAUGGCCCCAAAAAGAACCUUUACCUAUUUGCAGAGGUACUUCUUACUAAAGGGGUUUAGUAAGAAACAAGCGAAAGAUUUUCAGUAUGAGCAUUACGCAAGUUUUAUAUGUUUUGGUAUGUCUGCGGGUCUGUUGGAGCUGAUACCGUUCUUCACAAUAGUCACCAUAUCUAGUAAUACUGUUGGUGCAGCUAAAUGGUGUUCCUCGCUACUAAAGGGGGAAAGAAAGAAAGACUAA